UUGGAAAACUAUAUAUAAAAAAAGAAACCAUCUGGUCAUCUUCUCGGCGCAAAACACAUCUGUAUGUUAGUUGUGUAAGUUAUUUAUGUGUGUAAGUUUUGGUUUAUAGGUUGAGCGUGUAUAUAUGGAUUUCAAUAAUUCUGUAGCUAUGAGGAAAAGAAACAAGUGUCAGGCUGACUUUGAUGAAAUAGCGGACAGAGUCAAAGAGAUCGACUUAUGUGAUGAAGACCUCAAUGAUGCAGUGGACAACAUUUGUAAGGGUAUCAUGGAUUACAUCUGUUUGGUAUGGUCGCCCGCUUUUCGUUAUGAUUUUGAUCCUUACUUUAGAAAGAAACCCUGUUUUGAUACUCGAGGAGGCAGCGGGUCAAGGUGCUCUCAGUUUCUGGCAUUUUCCCAACACUAUAGAUCAAAGUUUGACAAGUUUAUGAAGAUCUAUUCAAGAGUUGGUAUUUACCCUAAAGAGGAUGUGUUACCGGCUGCUAGACUUUCCCCCCCGAUUGCAAUUGACGAAGAUGUGCUCGAAAGGUAUAAAAGCUUCAAGAGGUUUGAUACCGUUGUGGACCAUUCAGAUCAUCUUUUUUCUAAGUUACCUAUUGAGCAGACAACAGAAGGCUGGGCUAAAAAUAUACGGGAAGAGUGGAGGAUUCUUAGAAAUGGCUUGCCUGAGACAAUAUUUGUGAGGGCUUAUGAAUCAAGGAUGGAUCUAUUAAGAGCUGUAAUUAUUGGAGCAAAGGGGACUCCGUAUCACGAUGGUCUCUUCGUCUUUGAUGUGUAUAUUCCAAGCAUGUAUCCUCUUGUGUCGCCUCUUGUGCGCUAUCACUCUUUUGGCUUUGCUAUCAAUCCACAUCUGUUCGAGUGUGGCGAACUUCGCAUAUACCUUAGCGAAUCAUUUGGCCAGUUUAGCAAGACACUCUGGCCGUCUGACGAUUUAACUAUGCUCCAAUUUCUGGUCUCCAUACAGGAACGGGUUCUGAACGCAGAUCCUUUGUUCCACCAACCUGGAUUUGUAGAUUCUGGACCCUCUGUGGCUGCAAAAUACUUGUCUUUACUAUACAACGAGGACAUCCUGAUAAAAUCACUCAAGACAAUGAUUUAUAUCAUGAAUAAACCACCCAAGAACUUUGAGGCUUUUGUAGUUGGGCAUUUUCGCAAUCGUGUGGUUGAUAUUCUAAUGGCUUGUAAUGCUUAUAGGGAUGGCCUGGCGCAAGCCGGGGGUGGUGGGGGUAACAAGGAGGAGAGCUGCUGCUCAAUGGAGUUCCAGAAGAAAGUUCAUUUAUGCAUAUAUGACCUUGGAACUGCUUUUAGAAAGAUCGGAGCAACUGAAGCUCUCGAGCACUUGUCGCCUCGCGCAACUUGUACCUGGCUUUAUGGAUAUCGGCGCAACUGAAGCUCUCAAGCACAAUGAGUGGACCGUUUAUUGUUUUGUUUAGGUAUAUUUUUUGAAUGCUUCUUCUUGAUUAAGUGGAACUGGAGAGCUGCUCAAUCAAUUCUAAGUAAAGUAGUAGACACGAAUUGAUUAUUAAACUGCUAUUAUGAAACUCGUACCUUGCUGAAACUUUAAUUUGU